UGAUCUAAUUCGAAUUUUCUAACCCACCUUCACCUUCUCCAGCUCCUCCAACUCUGGCUCCACCUCCUUCUACUCCUGAUUUGGCUCCACAUUCAGUUACAUCUCAAGUAAUAGCUCCAAAUCAAACGCCAGUUUAUGAAUCCACCUCAAACCCAGCUAUCAUAGUUCCUACCAUUAGUCUCAUGUCUAAUCCUAUGCUGCAUUGGAUAGGGUCAAGGACCCAAGCCGUGGCAGUAAGAGUUGGACAUUGCUCUGAAGCCACAGUCGAUCAAGAGCAAGAGGUAAGCACUGCUGUUGUUAGGGAUGCUGUACCAGUGAGUGCAAUUCCACCUGCAGCUUCAGGAAUGCAUCCUUCCCACCAGGACUCCAAGAGACCAAGACCAGAUCUGCACCCUGUUUCAGAACAGUCUCUGGGUGUUGACUUUGGUUCUAGUUCAGCCAAAAAGAGGAGGAAGAACAAGAAAAAGGCUAACAAAGAAGCUGAUACCCAGUUUCCUACUGAUGCAAUUCCUCUGAAUCAAGCAUCACCUUGUUCUGUAGCCAAUGAAUUCCUCUAUGGGUAUAGGUGUAUAUACUAAAACUCGUUAUUUGUUGUAAAAUAAGAUUAGGCAUGAGACUAAUGGUAGGAAUUAUGGUAGCUGGGUUUGGGGUCGGUUUAUAAACUUGUGUUGGGUUUGGGGUCGGGUCAGGAACUGACAUCUGAUUUGGAGCUAUUACUUGAGAUGUAACUGGAUGUAACUGGAUGUGAAGCCAAAUCAGGAGUAGUUCAAGAAAGUGGAGCGAGAGUAGGAGAAGGAGCUCGAGAAAGUGAAAAUGGGUUAGAAAGUUUGGAUUAGGUUGUAUUAUCUAUGAUUAAAAGGAUGGUUUUGAAAGUAAAAAUAAAAGCUGGUUUUGUGAUU